GUCACCCACAUUAUCUAAUAUAAGAGUCAUUAAGGAAAUGUUAUGGAUUUUUGUACAUUAAAUUUUUUUUACUGGCUAACUAAUACUUAAAUAUUUGUGAUAGUUUUAUGCUUAUCUGUUCCACUGAGUAUGUAAAUAAAUUAUCUAAAGCUUUACGUAAUAUCUAUAAAAAAUGGUUAAGUUAUUUUAAUGAAAUUAUUAUUUCGUUCUAUUUAUCGUGUAUUCACCAUGAGUAAGCCACAAGUUGUGUUUGUUCUUGGAGGGCCAGGUGCUGGUAAAGGUACGCAAUGUUCUAACAUAGUUUCCAAAUUUGGAUUUGUUCACUUGUCAGCUGGUGAUUUAUUGAGAGCAGAACGUAAUAAACCAGAUAGUAAAUAUGGAGAAUUAAUUGAUACCCAUAUUAAAAAUGGUACUAUAGUACCUGUUGAAGUUACAUGCAAACUAAUUCAAAAUGCAAUGGAGGCUUCUACAGCUAAUAGAUUUUUAAUUGAUGGAUUUCCCCGAAAUAAAGACAAUAUGACUGGUUGGACAAGGACAAUUGGUGAUCAAGUUGAGUUGUUGUUUGUACUGUUUCUAGAUUGCCCAGAAGAAAUAUGCAUUGAACGGUGUAUGAAGCGAGGUGCUGCUGGAAGUGGCCGCGCCGAUGAUAAUUUGGAAAGUUUAAAGAAACGAAUUGUCACAUUUGUUAAUGACUCUAUGCCAAUUAUUGAACAUUUUAAAGAGAAGAAUUUAGUGAAGAAAGUAGAAGCUGGAAAAAAUGCAGCUGAUGUAUGGGUUGAAAUUUGUAAACUUUUUAAAGAUCUAUAAACAAUAUAAAAUAAUUUAAUUUAAUUUUUAGAACACUUAUUAAUAAAUAAAUAUAUUAUAUAUACUAUUUUAAAAUGAAAUGUUAUAUAAUAAUAUCUAUUAUUAUAAAUACUUUAAUUUGAUCAACAGUAAUAUAAUUUAAUUACCAUAUGGUCCCAAUAGACUUACUACUACAUGCAAUAAUAUUUCACAUAAAAUUUUUUAAAUAUUGCCCAAUCAAUUUUUUCUAUAUAUUUUUUUUAUUUAUAGUAAUUACGUAGUACAAAUUUUAAAAAUUAUUACACUUAACUAAUAAUUUCAAUAGAUACCAAUGUAGCUUUGAGUCUUAAUCUUGUAUUAUUAGUUUUUUUUAAUAACUUCCUACUUUCAAUGAAAUUAAAAUGGAUAGCUGUAAAAUUGUGUAAAAAAAUAAAAUACGCUUUACAUAAU